AUGGAUAAGCCAGUGGAAGAGAUCUCAACGGUGAUUCGUCUUCUCACCCAAUCAGUUCCAUCAUUACAACAGAAGACCGUUGAACGCUUCUUCACUCGCGAUGCUGCAUUCUCCCAUCCAUUCUGUCGAGUUCCCAGCUUCAAGGGAAGUCGAUGGUACGUCCUUAAAAUCUUCCAAUGGUACAAAGUGAUGUCUCCACGAAUCGAAAUGGAAAUCCAUUCAAUCGCAUUCGACGAGAAAAACCUCAAACUCUACAUUCACAUGUCCCAGAUUUUCUCUAUCUGGAUUGUGCCAUUCCACGUUGCACCAGUGACCUUAACAACAGUCCUAGAUCUAACCACAGAAUCGAGCCAAAGUGACCCGCCCCCUAACGCAGAGCAAACAUUGUACUAUAUUAAGAAACAAGAGGAUCUCUACCAGCCAUCAGAGUUUAUUAAGUUCCUCCUGCCUCAUGUUGGGCACUGGCUGAUUUCGGCUUGGCAUCUGGUCGCAACUUUCUUCUGUAUCAUUGGAGUGACGUGUCUGUGGCCCAUGUUGUGGCUGGAGGAGAACGGGUACCUCCCUGGUCGAGUCGCACAGGGCAAUAUUGCUUAUCCGUUGGAUAGGAAGAUUGAUGAGAUAAAGCAGCAGUGA